ACAGAGCUUUGGGGGUGUGCUUUGAAUUUUGCACCUCAAUGGCAGGAUCCUCCAACGAUUCAGACCACUUGCGCUCUCGUGACCGAUUGGGUCGAUGGGCUGCCAGUUCAAUACACAGGGAAACUCGAAAUCGUCCUACUGUGGAUGUCACUGAGAAGGUCAACACUAUAACAAGUACUUUACAGGACACCAGUCGGAACCUGCGGCAAGUCGACCAGAUGCUUGGACAGUAUCGAGACUAUAGUAAUGGACAGGCGGGGGCUAUAGAACACUUAAAAGAAAGCUUGGAACAAUCAAUAGGCCAACUGCGGAGUCAACGGUUAUUGAGAAACUCAGGAGGGAGGAGUAUUUCUGUUACAAGUCUGAGUACAAGUGACCUCGAUGGUGGCAGUGUGACAGAGAGCCACCGUUUUCCACCUACCUCACCUCUGAAGGACUAUGGGGACCAACAGGGUAUUAAACGAAACAGGUCCAGAACUGGUGUCCGAUUUGUUCGGGAGCCUGAUGACAUGGGCCAGUUUCAUGCUUUUCAUCAGUCCCUCCGAGACCUCAGCAGUGAACAAGUUCGCCUUGGAGAUGAUUUCAGCCGGGAACUUGCCAGAAGAAGCCGGGCACAGAGAGAUGGAGUAAUUCAGCUUGUUGGAGAUCAAAGGAGGGAUGUGGUGGAGUCAGAAUUCAAAUCUAGGCAGUCCGAUGCUGAAACAAAAAGGGCUUUGGAAGAACUGACUGAAAAACUUAAUGAAACCCAAAAACAAGAAGUGGUUUCAGAUCGGGUAGAGCGACGGCUUCAGGAAAUAGAAAGAGAGAUGCGUACAGAAAGAGAGCUGGUGGAAAGACGGCAGGAUCAGCUGGGACUUAUUUCUUUGCAGCUACAGGAGGCAUUGAAGAAACAAGAAGCUAAAGCAGAGGAGAAUGAGGGAGUAAUGAAAAAUAAGCUAAGACAAAGUGAAACUGAAAAGAGUAAACUUGAACAGGAAUUGAAGCUAUCUCGAAGGUUAUUGAAUCAGUCAGAAGGCAGCAGAGAAACACUUUUGCAUCAGGUAGAAGAACUCCGUACACAACUUAUGAAAGCAGAAGGUGAUCAAAAAGGCUUAGUACAUCAAGUAUCUCAGAUUUCCAAGCAACAGUCAAACCAUCAGGAUGAACAAGAAGAUGACUGGAGGUUUAGAAGAGGGGUUGAGCGGGAAAAAGAGGAUCUGGAGAAGCAGAUGUCAGAUUGGAGAGUGCAGCUGAACUUCAGUGCAAUGGCAUCUGAGUUAGAGGAAGUGAAGCGGUGCUUGGAGCGAAAAGACAAGGAGAGAGUACAUUUGGCGGCACAAGUAGAGAAUUUAACAUGUGAAUUGGAGAACAGGGAGAAACAGCAACGAGAGAUGUUGGAUGAACUGAAGGAGAUCCAGAAUCACUUUGAGACAUGUGACGCCAGACAUAAGCGUGCUGACCUCCAGAUCUCAAAGCUGACUCAGCAUGCUGAGGAUGCAACCAAGCAGGCUGAGCAGUACCUCCUUGAGUUCCAGCAGUCGGAGGCCCUGAGACAGGAGGCAGAGGAGAGGAGAGAAGAGCUGAAGCUGAAAGCUCAGGAGUCCAUUAGGCAGUGGAAGCUCAAGCAUAAGAAGUUAGAGCGAGCACUGGAGAAACAAUCUGAAACCCUUGAUCAACUGACAGACAAGAAUAAUCAGAUCCUAAAAGAAAAGGAUGAAUUGAAAAGCCAGCUUUAUGCAGCGUUACAGCAAAUAGAGAACCUUCGAAAGGAAUUGAAUGAUGUGCUAACCAAGCGUGCCCUUCAAGAGGAGGAGCUUCACUGUAAGGAGCAAAAACUAAGUGAUGUUAAGUCUCAUCAGGCUGACCUUGAACUAGAAGUCAAGGAUUCCCUGGAUACCAUCCAGAGGCUAGAAAGUGAAUUGAAAGAGCAGAGUAAGAUUCAAAGCCAGAUGAAAGCUGAGAAAGCGCACCUGGAGGAAGAAAUUGCAGAGCUGAAGGAGAGCCAGGCCAAGGACCAAGCUCAGCUUCUUGAGAUGCAAGAGGCCAUCAAGGACUUGAGUGCCAUCCGGGCAGAUCUCGCCAAUAAAUUGGCGGAGGAACAGAGAGCAAGGAAAGAGGUACUCAAGAACCUUUCUGACCUCAAGACACAGGCAAAAUCCAAAGAUGAAGAAACAGCUACAAUCAUUACACAGUUAAAGCUAGAAAGAGAUGUUCACCAGAGGGAGCUGGAAGAUCUCACAUCCUCAUUGCAGAGUGUGAAAACUAAACAUGAACAGAAUAUCCAGGAGCUGAUGAAGCACUUCAAGAAAGAAAAGAGUGAGGCCGAGAAUCAUAUUAAGACACUGAAGGCAGAAAGCUUAGAAGAUAAGAAUAUGGCUAAAGUCCAGCGUUCUCAGCUAGAGAAGCUGAAAUCACAGUAUGACAGGCUGACAGAGGAAUUAACUCAGAAUGAAAAUGAGAAUAAAAAACUGAAGCUAAAAUACCAGUGUUUGAAGGACCAACUAGAAGAAAAGGAAAAACAUAUAAACAGUGAAGAAGAGCACUCAAGGAGAAUGGAAGAGGCCAGAUUGCAGCUCAAGGAUCAACUUCUUUGUCUGGAGACUGAACAGGAAUCCAUUCUUGGUGUGAUAGGAAAGGAAAUUGAUGCAGCUUGUAAAACCUUCUCCAGGGACUCAAUGGAGAAAUUGAAAGUUUUUUCAUCUGGUCCUGAUAUUAAUUAUGACCCACAUUGCUGGUUAGCAGAAAGCAAGACUAAACUUCAGUGGCUCUGUGAGGAACUGAGAGAGAGAGAAAACAGAGAGAAAAGUCUACGGCACCAGCUGAUGUUGUGCAGACAACAACUCGGGAACAUGACUGAAAACAAGGAAGCUGAGCUUCAGUGUCUCUUUGAACAGAUAGAAAGACAGGAGCAGCUUCUGGAAGAAAUACAUCGGGAGAAGAGAGAUCUGCUGGAGGAGACUCACAGAAAAGAUGAAGAAAUGGAAUCUCUGCAGGACCGUGUACAUGAGUUAGAAACGAGUACCCGAGUGGCCUUAGACCAUCUGGAGUCUGUGCCUGAGAAACUGAGCCUACUAGAAGAUUUCAAAGGCUUCAGAGGUUCGCGCAGUUUAUCUGACAGAAUUGACGGGAGAUAUUCUAAGUACAGAGUUCACAGAGAAUCUCUUCAGCAGCGCCUGGAUGACACCAAGUACAGAAUCCAAAGCUUCAAAGAUGACAGAAACUUUGCUGAAAGUUCCCAUGCUCAUGGGUUAGAUCAGUCAUCCUCUUGGCAGGAUCACAGUUGCUUCCUGUCUAGUCCACAGUUUUCACACUUGAACUCAUUUAUCCAAAGAACAGUUGCUCCAGAUUCACCUUCAAUCAAGGAAGAUGCCACAAGUUUACUGAUGGAUGGAACAAGUCCACAGUCCAAAAAGGAGGAAUACGAAAGCAAAAACAGCAAAAUGUAA